GAUGGCGUUCUGAAUUUGAGGUUUUUGUAAGAGAAGUAGCAAACUUUUGAACAAACAACAAAGGAGUAGGGAUUUGUUUUCUCAUGUGAGUGAGAAUGCCUGCGACGGAUUACCAGGGUUCAUCUGCGCCUUUUUCCUCGAUAGGUCGUUCGAUAUUGAGCAUUAGGCGUGAUCAAGUUCAUACCAUGGAAGGGAACCAGGAGCCUACCAACCUGGAAUUGGAGCUCGAGGCGUUCCAGAAACAGGUUGCUGAUCGAUUCAAUGAUCUCCACGCUGUUCCCGGCGAAGAUCUGCUCUCCCUCUCAUGGAUCCGACGUCUUCUUGAUGCAUUCCUCUGCUGCCAGGAAGAAUUUAGGGUUAUCUUGUUCAACAACAAGGCCCUCGUCACGAAACCUCCCCUGGAUCGUAUGAUUAAUGAAUUCUUCGAGAGAAGCGUCAAGGCGCUUGAUGUCUGCAACGCUAUACGCGAUGGAAUUGAGCAAGUCCGGCAGUGGCAGAAGCACUUGGAGAUCGUCCUCUGUGCCUUGGACUCUCGCCAGAGGAUCCUGGGAGAGGGUCAGUUCCGUCGGGCCAAGAAGGCUUUGACGGAUUUCGCAAUUGCCAUUCUCGAUGACAAGGAUUCAAGUUCUGUCCUUGCCCACAGGAACCGUUCCUUUGGCCGAAACAACACAAGCGUCAAGGACCACCGUGCAUCAGGGCAUUUCCGCUCCCUUUCAUGGAGUGUCUCUCGCACAUGGUCCGCCGCUAAGCAGCUUCAGGCGAUUGGGAACAACUUGGCCCCUCCUCGCGGCAAUGAGAUUGUCGCCACUGGUGGGCUUGCAGUCUCCGUCUACACCAUGAACUCGGUGCUUCUGUUCGUAAUGUGGGCUCUUGUGGCUGCAAUUCCUUGCAAGGACCGUGGCCUGCAAACCCAUUUCUCCAUCCCUCGCCAAUUCCCAUGGGCAAACUCAAUUUUGUCACUCCAUGAGCGGGUCUUGGAGGAGUCUAAGAGGCGGGAGCGAAAGAAUGCGAGUGGAUUGAUGAGGGAAAUAUAUCACAUCGAGAAAUCUGUGCGUCACUUGACUGAGAUGGCUGAUGCAGUUCAUUUUCCGUUGACGGAGGAGCGGGAGAAAGAGGUGAGGCAGGGAGUAUCGGACUUGGCACUGGUCUUGGAUACGGUGAAGGAGGGAUUGGAUCCUCUGGAGCGUCAGGUAAGGGAGGUGUUCCAUAAGAUCGUGCGUAGCCGAACUGAAGGUCUUGACUGCUUGGGUAGGCCAAACAAUUCUGAAUGAUCUCCCAAAUCUGAAAUUUGGUCCAUUUCUAGUGGGCAUCAAAAUUGUACAAUUUUGCAUUAUAUUACUACAAGUAAUUUGGGUUUUCUGG